AUGGCAAACCCCAACGAUCCCCCCCUCGACGAGAUCCAAUGGCGCUCGCCCCAGAUUGUCGCCCAGAUGGGCGGCCUGCACUCCAACACGAUCCUCUUCUACUUUGCCGAGUCGCCCUUCUUCGAGCGCACGUCCAACAACGCCGUCAUCAUGGCCCAGGCCAUGAACAACAUGGCCAUGUACCACUACAUCCAGACGCGCGAGGCCUUUGAGACGCGCCUCAAGACCAUGUCCGGGCUCGAGUUCAUUGUCGGCGAGGAGCCCGCCGAGACGGGGCCCGGCAUGGGCACCGGCGUCUGGGUCAUUCGCAAGCAGACGCGGCGCAAGCGGUACCAGGACGACGACGAGAUCACGGUGCACGCUUCGUUCUUCGUCGUCGGCGAGAACAUCUACAUGGCGCCCACCUUGGCGGACAUCCUGGCCUCGAGAAUAAUGACGAUAUCUACAGCCAUCGCCAGGGCAUUGCCCGCUGCCGAAGCAGCCCGCAAAUGGCGUCCCUCCACCGGCCACGUCUACCACCUCCCCUCGACCCAAUCCUCCUCCUCCCAGCACCAUCCCAGGCCGCAAGGAUCCAAAGAACAAACCCCCGCCAUCGACGACCCCAACAACAAGCCCGCCUCUUCAGCAGCAGCAGCAACAGCAACAACAGCCAUCGCAAAGCACGACGCCCCGUCCCUCGAUAGAGUCGCCGAAGAAGCCUUCAUGAUGCACCUGCGCCACGGCGGAGAAUACAUUGACGAGAUACCCAUCACGGGCAAGCCUGGCGACUUCCAUCUCUCGUCGACGGGCCGCAAGCCGGUGCUCCCUCCACAGGGCGCGGGCAAGGCGACGGGCAUCAGCGCCAUGGGCGGCCCGCCGAUGAUCAACACGAAGCUGGACGACAAGAAGGAUGGCAAGGCGGAGAAGACGCCAAAGUCGGCGACGUCGCCCAAGCUGAAGCGGAGGAAGAGCAAGAUGAGUCCUAGCGUGACUCCCGCGGCGACU